UUAUCACUCUUAUUUAGAGUGAUAAACCAUUUAUUUUUUAAUAAUAUCAGUGUAAAAAAUACGUUAUAUAAACUUAUAUUUGUUAUAAAAUCCCAAUCAACUAUGAAAGGACAAUCCAUUAUAAAAUAAAAUUAUUUUUUAUGAAGGAACGGAAGUUUUUUUUAACAUCUUCAUUCUACUCAGGGUGCAACACGGUACCAUAAUUAUACUAAGCCUUCGCGUGUGAAAUACCAAUAUGGGCGAUGGAAGAAACAAUAUAAGUUCGCGAAUGAAAAGAGUUAUUCACAGUGUUGGCGAAGAAGAUAAAUGUUUUGUAUUCAAAGAAGAACCUCCGGCCAAAACUCAACGAACAUUUUCGCCAGCUUUCGAUUAUAACUCGCUCCAAGAUGUUAGUGCCACCUACUCUUCGAGUUUAUAUGACCAUCACCAGCAUUUUGACGACGUUACUGAAAGCAAUUACAAGCGUAUACCAGCGAAUACGGUCUUGAAAAAAUUGCAAGCACUUGAAUUACGAGAUAAAGCUUUACGCGCUUCAGCAGCCGCCCAAUCCGUCACAGAAGUCUCAGUCAAUGUAGAUGAACUUAAACCCACAGUGGGUACAUGUCCAGACAUGUGUCCUGAAAAAGAACGGUUAUUGCGCAUCGUUGGUAAUAUGGUUUCAUCAUUCGAGUGUCGUAAAUUUAAUGAACCAGCACCUGAACUCAUGGUCAAAGCGUAUGCCCGCAGCUCCGCAGAUCAAGCCAAUCCGUUACCACAUGAGCUUCGGCCAACGUCGGUACUGGUCAAAACGAUGAAUUAUAUGCUACGUUACAUUAUCGAACCGACUGUUGAAGGAAAUGAUGAUGACAAUAACGGUGACGGUCGUGACCUUGCUGGUUGGUAUGAUUUUUGCUGGGACCGUUUAAGGGCUAUUCGUAAAGACAUUGUUCAGCAGAACUUAUAUAAUAGGCGAGUCGUCACAGUAUUAGAACAGAUCGGUCGGUUCCAUAUUGCAUGCUACGAUCUCAUGUUGGGCCAUCCAGGAUUUGACGUCAAACUCAAUACAGAAAAUUUAAAUAACUGCAUACAAAUGUUAAUGCCGGCUUAUAGAAAAACGGCAGGUAACUCGGCGUCGUUAGAAAAUAAUGAUUCGUACGACGAUGUGGAUGAUCAAAACGAGGGAGAACAAAUGGAACAAAAUACUGAUUUCCAUUCCAAUGAACCUGAAUUUGUUGCAUACGAAUUGCUUGUACAUUUAGGCAACCCACAGUUUUAUACUGCUUACGAUCUGCUGCCCGAUCAUGUUAAACGUACAGCACGCGUUCGAUUUUGCGUCCGUGCUCAUCUUGCCUAUCUACAGACCGCCGACUGUCGGCAAUUUUUUCAUUUGCUUCAGAGCACCAAUUUUAUGAACUGUUGCAUUUUAGAAAGAAUCAUACCAGCAAUCCGUUACAACACGCUUCGCACCAUUAAUACAGCAUACACAACAACUAAGCGAACAUGUCGAUUGGAUGUGGAGCAUGUGAUGUCUCGGCUGUGUUUCGACAACGCAGACGAAGCCUUUGAUUUUUGUCGAGCUGUUGGUUUAAGAUGUGUUGAUAGUGAUGGUGGAGACACUUCAUAUAUUGAACUAUCGCGACAAGCAAACUUGUGUGCUCCUGAAGCGGUAUAUUCGACUACAACAUCCAUGACGGGUAAACGACAAGAAUCCGUUAUAGUUCAAAAGAGACGAGACUUGACACGACUAAUUGCAGGUCAAGACCUUUUACCGGAUCCUAUUAUUACAGCUGUGCACUCUAGUUUUAACGAGAUUGAUUGUUUAAUCUCCAUUGACAGCGAUGGUCAUUACGGUGAUAACGAAGAUGACCAACAAGACUGUCAUGAUUUAAAAAAAGUUAUUGUUGACCAAGAAGAUGGUGAUUACGUAGAUGAUGAUGGUUGCGAUGUUAGUGAUCGAUUCAUGGAUGAUGACGAAGUUUAUGAACAUGAAAUGAUGAAUGACGACGAUAAUGAAUUCCCUUACGAUAUAAACCAGGAAAAUGAUGUUCGUGAAAACAACUUUGAAACUAUGUCACAAGACGUUAACAAUGAUAGAGUGUGCUCCAAAAUCCUAGAAAACGAAACACCAACAUUUACGUUUAAAUUGCCCGCUUUUAAACAUGUCGUAACGCCAUUGCCACAACUAGAAACUCCUACUAGUGGACAGAAAUUAUUUGUUAACUCAUCAGAUUCCGAGACUCGAUCAAAACGGACAAGAACACCUUCAGUUGGACGUGUUAGUAAAAAUUACGAUUUGUUUCCUCAAGAUACAUCGUUUUCAAUUUUAUCUUCAAAUACUACCGAUGUUCUUUUGCAAACUGAUCUGUGCAGUAAUAGUUCUAAAGAAAUAAGUCAACGUCAAGACGUGUCCCUAUCAAAGUCAAUGCAACAGUUACAAAAUAAUUCUGCUGAAAUUACACUAAAUCUAUCUGAUGAAAAAAAUAUAAAUGACCAAUCUAAGACAAAAAACCAAAUACAAAUCUAUUUAGCAAACAAAUACUUUUUUAGAUGGAGACGUCGAGUGGUAAUGGCGACUAAGACAGUGAGUAAAAAUACGCUAAACCUUGUUGGUGUAGACUCCGAUAGGAAUAUUAACGUUCGGUCAAUAGCUAAGUCCGUUACCUUAGUAGAAAGUGUUCCAGAACUACCCAAGCGAUGGACUAUAAGACAAAGGCGACUUGCACAAAACUAUUUCUAUCAGUGGCUGCGCAAGACUUUGCGAAAGCAAAGAAAAUUAGCUGCGGAGCCAUUCGAAAUUGAGCCAGUAAUCGGCUUGCCGUGGUCAGUGUUUAUGCGGGUCCAUGGAACGCCGAAAGAAGUAAUACAGCGCAGCCUGGCUGCAGCGCAGAUUAGAGCGAGUACGCAAGAGACCCAACAACAAUCGAAAAAACAAAUAGCAUCUUCAGGAACGUCUAACGAUAUCAGCGUCGGUAUAGCUGACAUGUUCGUCAAAAAUAUUUUCUCUUCUGUUCAGCAAAACCACGAAUCGAUAAAUGAUGUAAAAUUAAGUAACAAAAAAAUAUUUUGGAAAGUAGCUGUCAACUAUGGAGAAGAAAUAACUGAUGGGGGCCGUCAUCCAAUUCUAGAUAAAGUUCAUGCCGUUUUGUAUGGUAUAGCUGGAUUAUCAAAUUGUCAGCCACAAGCCAUUUACAUGUCAGACCAUUGCCGGUGGUUUAUCAAAUCGGUCCACAGUGCUGUUGGACUUCAAAACUGGACAGGGUCCGGUUUGUCGGCGGCCAUUAUUUUUACUGCUGUCGAUAAAGAGCCUACUGAAAACUUUUUUAAACGUCUUUACUCUAUAUUACAAUCAACAGCCGAACCUAUACCUGUGGCAAUAAUAUUCUCAUCGAGUUCUUAUAGUGAUUGUGCUAAAGAUGGAGAGACAUCUAAGACUACAAAUUCUGCUUCAACAACACAUUUCGUCACUGAUUAUGCAUCAAUUUUAGAUGCUUUUGUUGAAAAUGAAUAUGUCACGCGAUACUGUCUUUAUCGAUGGCAAGGACCCCAAACAAUUCUUCAGGCGCUUGAUUUUUUUUCACUCAAUUACGUGGAUGCUGCUCCAGGACUCAAAGCUGAAAAAUUAUACUAUAACCUCAUGCGAUUUGCUGAGGCUUUUUACUCAAUGGAACGACAACGCAUUAUUAUGAAUACUAUGACAACUGAAUCCACUUCAUCUGAUUACGAUAGACCUUUCAAUCCUAACAACACUGUUGAAAAGUUCAACAAAUUAAUUUCAGUGUAUGCUAAACGUUUAUGUUCUGAUGGUAAUAAAACUCUUAGAUAUCUCGCGCCCGAAUUCAUACCAUAUUAUACAUCCACUGAUCCGAAUAAAUUUUGUCACAAAUAUUCAAACUUAAAUGCUAAUUUUUUUGAGCGCUCCUUAAAUAGCGCUCGAUUGCCACCAUGUGAUCCAUGGCCCCCAAGAGACUUAGAUACAUUAAUUGAAUAUGUGAAACUGGCAUGUCGGUUGACUGAUCGACGUUGUUGGUGUUUGGAUAUGUUGCAGACUCUAGGACUUGAUCGCCGGGAAUGUACAACAGGAAGUUACUUGUUGCCAUACGCUGAGCAGUGGUUGCCUGUGAUAGAAACGUGGAUUCAAGGAGCACUGGAAAAGUGUUGCGCUGCGUAUGAUUUUAUAGUUUUGUACGAUGGUGAUCCAAUUGCAGACGUGUUACAGAUGCAAAUUCUUUAAUUCUGUCUCUGACUAAUUUUUAACAGAUUAAUUUAAAUUUAUAGAUAUCCAACUUGUAGCUUUGAUUUUAUACCACCUAUUUGUACUACGCAAAGUUAUCCAAUUGUUUUUUUUUUUUGUUUUUAAUUGUCUUUCAUUUUUUAAUAUUGUAUCCACAUAACCUAUGGCAAUAAAUUCGAUUGUUUGUAAAUAAUUUGGAAUAAAACUUGAGAGUAACCAAUAAAUUUUAUAGCA